AUGCAAGUUUAUCCUUCAGCAUCUAACAAGCUUUCCAUAUCGGACGCUACGGAAAUAUGCAAGUCCAUCUUCAGUAUCCCAGCCGCCUGUUCUGGGAAGGCCAAGGAGAAACUCAAGGUAUUUCUAACUUGUCUCAGCCUCACGGGAUUCCUUUAUUACAAACCAAAAAGGGAUGAACGCAGGACAAAGGAUCUUCUAUGUCAAAUCUAUUGUUCAAUGACCCUGCUGAUUAUGUGGAUCAACUUUUGUUUUUCAACGGUAUACUUCAAAGACGCGACAGUCUUUGAUGGCGCCCUCUGUAACAUCAUUGUCUCCACCGUCUGGUUCUUCCAGGCGGCCUGCUUUGCCACCAAUAACUUUUUCCGUUGCCACCUCGUGGAAGACUUCUUACAGGAUUUGGACUCAUAUCUGUCUGAAGUCUCACUCAACAUGUAUAGAUCCCUGAAGAACGUCAGCCUGUCUUUGUCCGUCUCCUACAUCAUCUGGCUCGUAUGCGCCUUUACGUUUGGUGGGAUGUCGAAUCUGUUCGUAUCUGACUCCCCUUUUCCUGACACGGGUUUUGAAGCUUUCGUCAUUCUUAAGAUCUUCCUUGCAAUUGUGUACUUCUAUUUCGUGUCGUCAUGGUAUCUGUUGAUGAGUCUGUUCGUCCUCCUCAGCUACAUCUUGUACCGUUCCUUUGCCGACCUCAACACUCGCAUAUCCAACGUGGUGGACCAAGAAGGCUGCUGUCAUGGUGACCUUGAACGUUUUCGUCUGCAACAUCACAAAAUCUGCCUGCUACUGGAUAAAGCCAACACAAUCUUUUCAGUGUAUGUACUGAUUACUAUUGGAACGGUUAUCCCGUUGAUUGUGUUUACACUCUAUUUCGUGAUUUUCGAGAGCAUUGAAAUUUACAAGUUCUACGCUGUCUGGUGGUCCGUGUCCCUGGCCGUUCUGCAACUGUCUGUGGUCUUCAUGUCUGGGGCGCUCGUCAACCAUUAUGCCCAUGCUUCCCUUUGGCAAAUCUUCGGGGUUGACCUGCACAGAUUCACUCCAGAACAAAGCCAGCAGGCUUGUAUGUUUGUGAGUCAACUGACCAGCCAUCCUAUCGGUUACACGGCCAUGGGCCUGUUUGUCAUUGACAAACCAACAAUCAUAACGUUUGUGGGUACAAUCAUCACGUACACCGUAGUCAUCAUACAGUUCAAACCCGGAAGUGAAUGACGUGAUCCAAGACUGCACCUCCAUCCUCGCAUACAGCAUCAACAGCGGCUACAGUGACUUCAUCGUUUACAGCCACUUACAAAUAGACUACACCUCCACCCUCGUCCACAGCAUGAACAUCGGCUUCAUCGUUUACAUCUACUUACAAUCAGAUGCACUCUACUUUCUUAAGGAGAACAUACUGGGAAGAUUCUGGAGCUGCCCCGUGACCAUCGUUUCUUUGUUUGGCUCUGCAAUGUCCAGCUAUAUGUGAACGCUGUCUGUAAAUAAUGAAGUCUGAACUAGUGAUUGACAAUGUGAGCAUCGAUACACACAAAUGGGAAACAAUCAUCCAAUCAGAGCCUAUCGAUCCGAUUCCGUUGGCUACUCACGACACAGUUGGUUACUGCAGACCUAUUCUACAGCCGGGGUCUUCACGCGACUAAUGACAAUUGCUGUUACCAGAGUAUAGGCUAGAAGUCGGACAGUAUGGUGUGCUUAUCCCACAGGUUAAACUGUACUUAAAUUAGAUGUCACUGAAUGCACU